CGGGAGGCGGUGGCAGCGCCGGACACGACGGACUGAACCUCCCCCCACCGCCCCCCGGUGCCUGGGCCGGGGAUGGGGAACGUGGAGAGCGCGGACGGGGAGGCGCUGCCCCGGGGCCCGGGAUCGGCGGCGGCCCCCGGGGGACCCGGGCUGUUCGCCCCGGGCAAGAUGCCGAUGCCGGAGCCCUGCGAGUUGGAGGAGCGCUUCGCACUGGUGUUGAGCUCCAUGAACCUGCCCCCGGACAAAGCCCGGCUCCUGCGCCAGUACGACAACGAGAAGAAAUGGGACCUCAUCUGUGACCAGGAGCGGUUCCAGGUGAAGAGCCCGCCCCAUGCCUACAUCCAGAAGCUGCGCAGCUUCCUGGAGCCGGGUGUGACGCGGAAGAAAUUCAGGAGGAGGGUGCAGGAAUCCACCAAAGUGCUGCGGGAGUUGGAGAUCAGCCUGAGGACGAACCACAUCGGGUGAGAGUGG